AUGGGAGGUAAAGAAAUGAAGGACAAAGUGGAAGCCGGUGCAAGCUGGUCAGGACUUGCCCACCAAUUUAUGGAUACCAAUUUUAUACACGAUGCAUGCUGUAACAGCUUUACAAUUCUUCCGGCCAUUUCGGACUCUGACGCCCAGUUAUUCCGGGCCAAUCCUCCAGAGGCUACUGAUUAUCUAAGUUCGAACCUUGACAAUUCCGAAUAUUCGAACUGCUGGAAAGCCAUAUCGAAUAACAACUUUAUGAGACCCUUUGAACUGAGCAACAUGAGAUCAAUUCGGCAAAUAAACUAUAUGCAAAGAGUGGACGAUGUCAUGCUUUUAAUGCCAAGUACAUCUAGCGAACGGUUAGAGAACGCAUGUUGGAGAGCGUGGUCCAAAUCCUUAAACAAGUUAAGGGAAUUGGAUCCUGCAGAAAUUAAUUGGUAUAAGAUCAAUGAUGUGACUUGCCUAUAUGGUCCGGUAAUCAAAGGAACUCAGGACAAAUCAUUUGUUGACAUGUCUGACCAAGAAGAAGAAGAAGAUGAAGAAGAAGGAGAAGAAAAUGGCGAUGUGGACUCAUCCACAGAUGAUGAUGACUCUCUUUCGGACCUGAUGUCUCUUAGAAACAGCCUGUCGAUCUCGUCAACUUCCAUAUCGACCUCUUCGACUUCGGUGGAUUCACUCAAGUCUAUUUUAAAAAAACCUACCAAACAACAUCCUCUCUGUAAUAGAGAAAAGACCAAGAAGAGGAUUUCGUUCUGCCCUCAAGUUCAGGUGGGAAUAUUCUACGAUAAUUAG